AUGAAAGCCAACCUGCGAAUACUGGCGUUCAAUAGCACCCUUCCAUACCUUCUUCAACAGGGAAACAACCAACGACUCAAAAUUCAAUCGUAUGUGAGUCCGGUAAGUUCCUACUACGAUCCGUCCACUGUCGAAGGUAUGUUAAUGGCUGCUGUUGAAGAGUCCCUGAGAUUGCAACAAGAUGUCCUAAUCAAAAUUGUGGACUUGGAUCCUCAGACAGUAUUGGACCGAAGCGAUUUCCUACCACUGUGGUUACUGCAAUAUCGGAAAGCACUUACCACAAUGGAGGACAGUCUAGUUAGAAAAAUCCCCAAGUCCCUGAGUGCUAAUCAUAUGAACAGGUUACGCGUCAUGCGUGCUAUUGCGCCGGUAGUAUGCGGCUUGAUGGAUAUGACUUUCGAUGAGGCUAUCGGCGAGUGUCGGGAGAAGUAUGGCAGCGAUUACGCCUACGAGGAGUGGGACCUAUCGGAAUUCGCGGCAAGUACUAUUUCGAGUGACGUCAAUCUCAAGGUCCAAGUGGGUAUAAAGUACGUUCCCUUUUCGAGCUUCUCAUCGCAGCAGUCGUGCAAUGAUGUUCUAUAUUGA